CGUUUGACAGUGACAUUAACAAGCAUUGCUUGCAGAAAUACAGUCCGGCUCGCGAUAAUUUCAUCAACAUAGAAGUUUGAUUUGUGGAAUUUAAUUACAAAGAAAGAUAACAAGUAUUUAAAAAUGACCUCCAUUCUCGUACCAGAAGUUCCCGCUCAGGGAUUUUCUUUCGAAAAUUGCCAACGCAAUGCGUUUUUGGCACAGAAAGGUUUUCCAGCUCCUACAGCUACGAAGACCGGUACCACCAUCGUUGGUAUAAUAUACGCUGACGGUGUUAUUCUCGGUGCUGACACUAGGGCGACGGAAAACACUGUAGUAUCCGAUAAAAAUUGUCAGAAAAUUCAUUACUUAGCGAACAACAUGUAUUGCUGCGGCGCGGGCACUGCCGCUGACACUGAAAUGACUACUCAAACAGUGGCUUCUCAAUUGGAGUUGCAAAGACUUCACACGGGGCGCACGGUGCCAGUGGAGACAGCCGCUACCCUGUUGAAGCGUAUGCUAUUCCGUUACCAGGGCUAUAUUGGCGCUGCGCUAGUUCUUGGCGGCGUUGAUAGAACUGGACCUCAUAUCUUUUGCAUUUACCCCCAUGGUUCUGUAGACAAGCUGCCCUACGCAACAAUGGGAUCUGGUUCUCUUGCUGCCAUGGCAGUAUUUGAAUCUGGCUGGAAGCCAAACAUGAAUGAGGAGGAAGGCAAAAAACUUGUGAGAGAUGCCAUUGCUGCUGGUAUCUUCAAUGAUUUGGGAUCAGGUUCUAAUGUUGAUCUUUGUGUCAUCCGCAACACAGGACCAGCCCAGUACCUCAGAACGUAUGAAGAAGCCAAUGUUAAGGGCAAGAAGCAAGGAUCUUACAGAUAUGCCCUGGGUACUACAGCUGUCCUAAAGCAGCGAGUGAUCCCUCUGGAGGUCACAUCUGUUAACAUCACUGCCAGCCCGCAGCCCAUGGAGGUGGAGCCAUCUUACAGCAGACGUUAAAUUUUAAAUUACUCCUUUUGGAUUUGAAAUAAAUGUAAUUUUGUAUAACAAAAA